AUGAACCCAGACCCGGAGUGUUUCAGGUGGCCAAAUGAGUCGGUUCUGAGGUCUCGUCUCGGUUCGACCAAUCUAGGCAUUGUAAAAACCAACCCUGAAGACGCUGGUGACUCCAUUUUUCCCGGUGGUCAUGGCGGCCUCGGCUGGCAGGCUGCGUUAACCUGUGCUCUGCCGCCAAGCCUCUCCUGCACCAGACGAGCAGCAUCGCUCCUAGAGGGUGACGAAGCCGCGUCCCCCACCAUCCGUCUUGCCUGCGCAUCUGAUACCUGCGGAUUCGGUUAG